AUGUUACAAGGACUGCCCCUAGAUGUGGUAUUACGAAUAUUCUCGUUACUAAACAUGAAUGACCUGGUGCAAGUUGGUAAAUGUUCGCACCUUCUGCGGCAACUAGCAAAUCAUGCUCUAUUAACGAAGAACGUUUUAAUUAGUGCUCAUUCGAAUUGGAUUAGGGAUUCACUGUUCUUUGAUAUGUCUCGGAUGGAUUUGGAGUUUAUACGGCAUGAUGAAGACGAAGGGCAUGAAGAGCAGGAGAAAGAAGAUAAUGAUGAACAACUUCUCAUGGAUAUGUACGCCAAACCAAUUAUGUGUAACAACGAGGAGACACUGUCCUAUAUGAGAAUUUUACAGGGAGUUCACGAAGAAGAUACCAAGCUUGUCGAAACGGAUCAUGUAACAUCACCCGACCCUAAUGAUUGGGAUGCUAAGUUGGAAAAGGCUUUAAAGGUACUUUCACCGGCUUGUUCGGAUUAUUCUAAAUCAUCUGCAAAUUCAACUUUUUCAGAAUUACCACCGAGACUAUCCAACAGUGAGUGGAGCUCUCCCAUAAAUGAACUAAAUACGCUAUCAGAUGUAUCUGUUCAUGGAAUCAGUGAUUGUGAAUCUACCUCCUCCGCUAAUUCUUUGGAUAAAUUAAGAUCUUCCAACAAAGUUAGGGACAAAGCUGCCUUGUUUGAAAAACUAAUGGCAGAGGACGUCAACCACACUACUCGCUCUCAAGGUAAAUCGAUGAAAAGAAAAUCCUAUGGAUUGUUAUCCCACUUUUUCCCCGAUCGUAGCUUUGACACUAGAGACAGAAACGUUUCUCAAGGGUAUAUCGAAGAACUGGCAAGGUGCAACGGGGAACCUGCAGCGACCACAGCCCCAGGGGAACUUCAAGAUACACAAGCAAAUGAUAAUACACUAGAAUGUACCGAGGAACCAUUGUCUAAGAAAAAUUACAGGAACAAUUCGAAAGGAAUCCAACGGAAUAGAUUAAAAGCAUUUGUCACACAGGGAAACAGGAUAUGUUACGAAAAGAUAUAA